UCUGCGCUGUGCUGCCGCUGAUCGCGCGUGGAGCGGCACCGCAAGCAUGGGUUUGAGUGAUGAUCACGAUGGUUAUUACCGCGGGCCAAGAUUAGGGCUCUUUCAUUUCUAUGCAGAUAGGAGGGAGAGGAGGAGGGAGCGAGCUGUGAGCUGGGACGAUGUCCGCAGUGUGGCUCCACGUCUACGAUGUCACCAACAGCAUGUCGCCCAAGACCAACAGCACUAUUGCAGGCAUCAAUCGCUUCUUCCGUGACGGCAUUGGCAUCGGCGGCAUUUUCCAUGGCGCGGUCCAGGUGUUCGAGGAAGAGUGGUCAUUCGGCUACUGUGAGAACGGGAGUGGAGUUUUCGGCUGUCCGCCCAAGAGCAAUCCCAUGUACACGUACAGAGAGACGGUGUACAUCGGAAACACGCCUUUCUCCGAGGAGAAAGUAAACCAGAUCUUGCUCGAGCUCAGCAAGGAAUGGCCCGGCUACUCGUACGACCUCCUCGCCCGCAAUUGCAACCACUUCUGCGACGAGCUCUGCGUCCGGUUGAGCGUUCCCAAAAUCCCUGCUUGGGUGAAUCGUUUCGCAAAUGCCGGGGAUGCCGCAGUCGAUGCCGUUGGUAACACGGUGGAACGGAUAAAGCAAGCAAAGUCGGACGUGGCGGCGGCGAGCAAGAUCGCGGUGCGCUUCAUCUUCGGCGGCCUCCCGCGGCCGGGAUCAAACGGCGAGCUCCCCGCCGAGGAAGGCAGCUCCGGCCUCCGCAACUUAUUCUCCAGGGCCAGAACGUUUCCUCGCUCCGAGGAUGGAGACGAGCUCCACACCAGCGCCUCCAGCGUCGACAACCUCAGCACUAACAGCAGCUCCUCCGCGGAGAACAGCACCGGAUUGUUCUCCAAGAUCGCGAGAUCAGCAUCGCAAGGCUCCUCCCAGGACGGGUUUCUCAGCGCUGGCCUCUUUAGCAGACUUAACAGGAGUGGUGGCGAGAGUGCCACCACCGCCACCACCACCGCCACCACCACCGCCACCGCCACCUCCACCACCACCACUCAGACAUAGUCUCUUCGUCAUUGUUGUGGAGAAAAAAAAACUGGGAUUAUAGGAAAACUAAUGCUUUGCUAGUGUUUGUAAAACAUUUUAUUGUAUUAAUAAUAAAUUUCAGCCGGU